AUGGGCUCUGUUUCUGGGACCAUGGAAGUCCAACCUGUGCAAUUCAGUCCAAAACUUGUUUGGGUUAGGCUUGACAAGAAAACAAGUUCUAGGUUAAAACAACCGAUACCCUUUUGGUUUUAUACUUGUUCACAUUUCUCCUUCUAUAUAUAUCAAACCUCCUCUUAUCACUAUCCCUCACAAAACAAUACAACGCCCUGUUUUGUCAUUAAUUUGCCAUCUCAAUUUCAAAGAAACCUAGAAAAUAGCUUGAUCACCAAUUUAAUUAUGGCUUCUUUCAAAUUCCCCUUCUUUGUCGUCCUUUCUUCUCUUUUCCUCCAUGCUUCUCUAGCUGAGAUUAUUUGCGAAGAUUUGCCCAAGGAUGUGUGUGCGUUUUCGAUAUCAUCUUCGGGGAAGAGAUGUUUGUUGGAAACAGCGGUGGAGAGAGAUGGGAACGUAGAGUACCAAUGCAGGACAUCAGAGGUGGUUGUGGAGAGAAUGGCUGAGUGUAUUGAGACUGAUGAAUGUGUGCGUGCUUGUGGGGUUGAUAGAAACUCCAUUGGCAUUUCAUCCGAUUCCCUUCUUGAGCCACAAUUCACUGCCAAGCUUUGUGCCCCUGCUUGCUACCAAAAGUGCCCCAACAUUGUUGACCUUUACUUCAAUUUGGCCGCCGGUGAAGGAGUGUUUUUGCCUGAUCUUUGUGACGCUCAGCGCAUCAACCUUCGGCGUUCCAUGGUCGAGCUUAUCUUGAGCUCUGGUGCUGCCCCUGCCCCUUUUUCUAGUAAACUAGGAUCAUUGGUCGGUGAAGCUCCUGCCCCAGCUCCCCUGGGAUGAUCAAGUUCCUGGUUUUUUCAAUAAUGGUUUCGUCAGAAUUACUUUGCUUCGAGAUGUAAAUUGAUUACAGGAAUAAUUUUACAGAGAAGAGGGAAUUCAGGGUUUGUUUAUAUGAGUGGUUUGAUUUGAGGAAUAAUUCCUUUCCUUUUUUUCUUUAACAAACACUUGUCUUUCGUUCAUUAUAAAUAAUACUACUAAUAUUCUCUCUUAAUAAUGGUAUUGAGAUUCGUAUAUGGUAUACCAAUCUUUCCAUAUAUCAAUAGAAUUUAUAGAAAGUGGAAGAAAUGUGCUAAACAUUGUAAAUUUGCCUUCCAACAAAGAAAACAAAAAAAGAAAGGAACUGUUGGGUGAGUUACGAUAAUUUGGAUUUCAAGCUUCAAAUGGGUAUUCAAAGGUUAUCUC